AGAUAACCUAAAUGCUAAGUGAGCAACCACGCCAUAAAAGACAUAAAAGUAUAACUAUAAUUUAUAUAAAGGGAUAAUAGGUUAGGCCGAUCCAGCCGAGUAUUGUAAUAGCUCUUAGGGCAUUCAUGAGACCUAGCUUGACGCUUUCCAUGCAUGUAUUUAUAUCCCGGUAUCAGGCCCCCUCCACCACCCCAUCUCCCAACUCACUAAGCCCUUCCCCAGCCCCAUCACAUUCCUGCUCUCUCUCUCUCUCUCUCUAAAAAAAAAAAAGAAGAAAGGUUCAGGAAGCUGAAACCAUGAAGCAAUAUAAGUUUCACGCUCUUUUUCUCCUUCUCUGCCUCAUUUUCACCGCCAGAACAUCAAGCCGCUCCUUAACAACCGAACAAGGACCAAAGGAAAUAGAACUCAAUGAAAUAACUAGUGGGAAUUCCCUUGAAGGGGCGGAAGACACCGAUAUGUCCAAGUUCCAGCGGCUGAUGGGACAGGAAGAUUGUGAAAAUAGGGAUGAAGAAUGCUUAAGGAGGAGGAUCGUUUUAGAGGCUCACUUGGACUACAUCUACACCCAGGGACACAAUAAGUCUUCUCAGACUCGCCCUUAAAAGUACCGGGGAGAUGUCCUAUGCCGCUUCUUGAUCUCAGCCUAUUCCCUCCCUCACCUUCUACGGACAGGUGUUCAACCAUCUAAUAAAGCUUUGGGCUCGUCUUUUAUAAAUAUAUGUGUCUACCAUAUAGUGCAAGAGUCUGGAACUGUCCACAGAGCUUGGCUCCUUCUGUCAAUAAAUCCCUUUGUGAGGAUCAUGGCGUAGUCUACAACAAUGGUUUCUUCUAUCAAUAACUCCCUUUCUGAGGAUCAUGAAAUAGUUUACAAAGAUGGUUUCUUGAAAUAAUUUUGAAGUCUAGGUUGAACUGUGUGCGCACAUGGAGAGAGAGAGAGAGAGUAGAGCAUUUUAUUAAACAGUUGGGAAGCUAUGAGGAUUAGGUGACAGGUUUCCACAGCAUUUAUAUUUGCCAAGUUUCAACUCUUUGUACGAGGCUAUGAGCUUCCACUCUAAAGCAAGCACACGCAUUUGACGAAGUCAUCAUACACUUUCACCAUUCAAUGACAUGCUAAAUGCGUAUUCUUAUA